AUGCUUACCGUCAAACAGCCACCAAGUUACGGCUACAAGUCUGUUUAUGAUCUUCCGACUCCGCCUUCAACCUGUCGACUCUCCCCCCCUUUGAUAUACCAAGAACCGGCAACUAAACCAUUACCUGCCGUUUAUAGGGGACACAGUUCGCCAUCGCAGCCCAUGUCGGCUCCUCACCGUGGUCUGCCGCCACCGGCAGCCAUGGCUCUUCCUCCCCAGCAGCCUACAACUGUUGGUGUUCCUCCACCUUCACAUCAUCAACCUCACCCACCACCUCCACCAGAACCACUACCACAGCAGCCACAACAACAGCCAUCAUUAGGGCCACUCGUUCACCAACAGAGGGAUCGGGGCCAGCUACCCGCUCCACCUCAGCAAUGGCAGGGAGCAGAAGAGUCUAUGAAGCUUUGGCUGCAGGCGAGGGCAGAAGAGGACAGAACAAGGCAAGAACAAGAACGAACAAGACAGGAGAGUUUGCGUCUGGACCAACGUAGGGUUGAGUUGGACAUGCUGCGGACAUCCCUUCAAGCGGGUAUACCUCCCCCAAUGGUGCCACUGGUUUUCGCGGGUAUGGGCGCUGGAGGUCUACCGCCGCACACUGCUCUAGAAUGGGCCCAACAGUUUAUGCCACCUGGUCAAGUUCUUCCCCAUGCUCAGGUAACGUCUGCUCAAUGGCCUGCGCCGCUAGAGCAUCAACGAGAAUCUCAGUCGCAACCCCAUACCCAACAGCAGGGUAUUCCUUCUGCGUCGACGCAAACAGCCGGAUACGUAUACCCGCCAUCGCCAUCGAGGCCCAGAGGUCAGACAGUGAGUGGUGUAGUUGGACGUCCCAUGGUAUUCACGCCGGGUCGUGUCGAUAUCCCCAACGUUCCGCAACUCGCGCAUGCUCCUGCAACGCAACAAUCUCAGCAACAGUAUGAACCACAAGCGGGUUCUUCGAUAUACUUUCAUCACUGGCAGCCGCCAAACACGCAAGCUGGUAGCUCGAAUCGACCCGGAAGUCCUUCUGGGGAAACUCCCAGAAAGCGCAAAGCCACCGGGCAUGCCCUUUCCCCAACACGUAGCGAACAACAGUAUCGAUCACCGCCAUCAUUUAGCCAAGGCAGCUCAUCGAAUGCGCAAUUUCGUGGGCCAACUCAAGGCCACUCGCGGCAGAGGAGUGAUAUGUCUCCCUUUAGAGUUACUGGGCCAGGGCGUUCUCGAAGGGAGAGUUUCGGCGGGCCUCUACGCCGAAGGUCGCCGAUACGAAGGUCGCCAGCCCCAACACCUAUGUCGCAGCAAGAACGACCAGGCAACGAACAUAGCGAUUCGAGACAGUCAGUGUCGGCGAUUCUCUCAGAGGGGCCUCAGCCUGUCGCGCAGUAUCCCAGGCCUACUCGCUCAGGCGAUGAGAGUGGGCCUCAAUACAGACAAUCUUCUCCGGAAGGUUCAAAGGCGUUGGUGAAUAUUACAGAAACAUCUAAGCCGCGUGAUAGUACAGGGGAUAGAUAG